AUGCCAUCGUCCAGAUUCCAUGCACCAAAAUACUCGAGCCGACUCACUAGCUCGCCUUAUCUGGCUCUCGAUACCAAGCUCACCCAAAACAUCCCCAUUGAGUAUCUAGCCAAAAAAAGCAUCGACAUGGCGGAUUGCAUUAGCAUGGUUGUAGACGAGGCACUAACCUGGAUGACCUCGUUAUGGGCGUUCCUCACCAACGAUGCACUCCCCCAUUGA